CCCCCAGGGGUCCUGAAGGCUGUUGAGCACAUCAACAAAACCAUUGCGCCGGCCCUCCUGGAGAAGAAACUCAGUGUGGUGGAGCAGGAGAAAAUCGACAAAUUCAUGAUCGACCUGGACGGGACAGAGAACAAAUCCAAGUUUGGGGCCAACGCCAUCCUGGGGGUGUCUCUGGCAGUGUGCAAGGCCGGGGCCGCGGAAAAGGGGGUGCCCCUCUACCGCCACAUCGCCGACCUGGCUGGCAACGCGGAGCUCAUCCUGCCUGUCCCGGCGUUCAACGUGAUCAACGGGGGCUCGCACGCGGGGAACAAGCUGGCCAUGCAGGAGUUCAUGAUCCUGCCGGUGGGGGCAGCCAGUUUCAAGGAGGCCAUGCGCAUUGGGGCCGAGGUCUACCACAACCUGAAGGCCGUCAUCAAGGCCAAGUACGGCAAGGAUGCCACCAACGUGGGGGACGAGGGCGGCUUCGCCCCCAACAUCCUGGAGAACAAUGAAGCGCUGGAGCUGCUGAAGUCGGCCGUCGAGAAGGCCGGGUACCCCGACAAGGUGGUGAUCGGGAUGGACGUCGCCGCCUCCGAGUUCUUCCGCAGCGGGAAAUAUGACCUGGACUUCAAAUCCCCCGACGACCCCGCGCGCCACAUCAGUGGGGAGAAGCUGGGCGAGCUCUACCAGAGCUUCAUCAAGAAUUACCCCGGUGAGGGGCCUGUCCCGGCUCCCACCUGGCCCCAGGGCGGGGACUG